UUUGCGCUGUGCUCGGGCUUCUUGCAGUGCACCUACAUCCAGAUCGAGCAAGUGGCGCAGACCCACGCCGUGGUGCUGAGCCGCCCCCCGUGGCUCUGGGGGGCGGAGAUGGGGGCCAACGAGCACGGCGUCUGCAUCGGGAACGAAGCGGUGUGGGGCAGAGAGGAGAUCGGCGACGACGAAGCUCUUCUGGGCAUGGACCUCGUGAGGCUUGGACUCGAGAGAGCAGACACAGCGGAAAAGGCUCUUACCGUCAUAGUUGAUUUGCUAGAAAAAUAUGGCCAGGGAGGAAACUGUAUGGAGAGCCACAUGGCGUUUACAUACCACAACAGUUUUCUGAUAGCCGACAGAAAGGAAGCAUGGGUGCUGGAGACAUCAGGAAAAUACUGGGCAGCAGAAAAAGUAGAAGGAGGUGUACGGAAUAUUUCCAACCAGCUCUCUAUCACAACCAAGAUUGACAGAGAACACCCAGAACUGAAGGAAUAUGCCAAAAGCAAGGGCUGGUGGGAUGGGGAAAAGGAAUUUGAUUUCGCCGCCACAUACUCUUACAUAAAUACUGCCAGAAUGACCACAUCCAGAGGCCGAUAUUGUGAAGGCUAUAAACUUCUGAACAAACACAAAGGGUCGAUCACUUCUGAAAUAAUGAUGGAAAUUCUUCGUGACAAAGAGAGUGGCAUUAAUAUGGAAGGCGGAUUUAUGACAACUGGAAGCAUGGUGUCUGUACUGCCGCAGCAGCCCAAUCUGCCGUGUAUUCACUUCUUCACCGCAACUCCAGACCCGGCGAGGUCUGUAUUCAAGCCCUUCAUUUUUGCGCCCAAUAUCACUCAGUUAUUAAAAACUAGCUCCCCUACAUUUGGGCCUAACGAUCCAGUUAAGAAGCAACCACGUUUUCAGCAUAAGCCAGAUCGAAGACAUGAGCUCUAUAAAAAACAUGAAAGUGCUGCUGUAGCUAUGGAAACUAUCGAGGGCAAAGGUAAAGAGAUGCUGAAAGAGAUACAGGCGUUGGAGAAGCAGAAGAUAAGUGAAAUGGAGUCAAUCCUGCAAAACGGAUGUCCUGACAUUAACCAAGUGGUGACCCUUUUUUCACAGUGUGUAGAAGAAGAACUCAAAAUAUACAGCUAA